CUGCGCGCCGCUGCUGCUGCUGCUGCUGCUGUCCUCCGCCCUGCUCCGCCGCGGCUGCCGGGCGCGCUUCGCUGCCGAGCUCGACUCGGAGGAGGACGGAGAGGAACCGGUGGCGUUCCCCGAGUCUCCCCUGCAGAGCCCCACGGUGCUCGUGGUGGUCCUCGCCCGCAACGCCGCGCACACGCUGCCUCACUUCCUCGGCUGCCUGGAGCGGCUGGACUACCCCAAGAGCAGGAUGGCCAUCUGGGCAGCCACUGAUCACAAUGUGGACAAUACAACGGAAAUACUCAGGGAGUGGCUGAAAAACGUGCAGAGACAGUAUCACUAUGUGGAGUGGAGGCCUAUGGACGAACCAGAGUCUUACCCUGAUGAAAUUGGACCAAAGCACUGGCCAAGCUCCCGGUUUGCCCACGUCAUGAAACUACGACAGGCAGCUCUUCGAACUGCGAGGGAAAAAUGGUCAGACUACAUCCUGUUCAUAGAUGUCGACAAUUUCCUGACUAAUCCACAGACCCUGACCCUAAUGAUUGCAGAAAACAAAACCAUUGUGGCCCCCAUGCUGGAGUCCCGAGGCCUCUACUCUAACUUCUGGUGUGGGAUCACACCUCAGGGCUUCUAUAAGCGGACACCAGACUACCUUCAGAUUAGAGAAUGGAAGAGGAUGGGCUGCUUCCCUGUCCCUAUGGUCCACUCCACCUUCCUGAUUGACCUCAGGAAAGAGGCCUCCAACAAGCUGGCUUUCUACCCCCCACACCAGGACUACACCUGGACCUUUGAUGACAUCAUCGUUUUUGCCUUCUCCAGCAGGCAAGCAGGCAUCCAGAUGUACCUCUGCAACAAAGAACACUAUGGCUACCUGCCCAUCCCUCUGAAGCCCCAUCAGACGCUGCAGGAAGACAUCGAGAACCUCAUCCAUGUGCAGAUAGAAGCAAUGAUUGACAAUCCUCCAAUGGAACCUUCCCAGUUUGUGUCAGUGGUCCCUAAGUAUCCAGACAAGAUGGGAUUUGAUGAGAUUUUCAUGAUUAACCUCAAGCGCAGGAAGGACAGGCGGGACCGGAUGCUGCGCACGCUCUACGAGCAGGAGAUUGAGGUCAAGAUCGUGGAGGCCGUGGAUGGGAAGGCGCUCAACACAAGCCAACUGAAGGCCUGGAACAUUGAAAUGCUACCAGGGUACCGUGAUCCCUACUCCUCUAGACCUUUAACGCGGGGUGAAAUUGGCUGCUUCCUCAGUCACUUCUCCGUCUGGAAAGAGGUCAUUGACCGGGCACUGGAGAAGACGCUCGUCAUUGAGGAUGAUGUGCGUUUUGAGCAUCAGUUUAAGAGGAAGCUAAUGAAGCUGAUGGAUGACAUCGACAAGGCUCAGCUGGACUGGGAACUGAUUUACAUCGGCAGGAAAAGAAUGCAAGUCCAAGAGCCAGAGAAAGCGGUGCCCAACGUUGUAAAUCUGGUGGAAGCUGACUACUCCUACUGGACACUGGGCUACGCCAUCUCUCUGGAGGGAGCACACAAGCUUGUGGGCGCUGAUCCCUUUGGGAAGAUGUUGCCAGUGGAUGAGUUUCUGCCAAUCAUGUACAACAAGCAUCCUGUAGCCGAGUACAAGGAGCAUUAUGAAGGCCGGGACUUGAAAGCCUUCUCUGCAGAGCCCUUGCUUAUCUACCCCACGCACUACACAGGCCAGCCGGGCUAUCUGAGCGACACAGAGACUUCAACCAUCUGGGACAACGAGACAGUGGCCACCGACUGGGACAGGACACAUUCCUGGAAGUCCCGGAAGCAAGGACACAUCCACAGUAACGCUAAGAACACUGAAGCACUGCCACCACCGACUUCUCUGGACACUGUGCCUUCAAGGGAUGAGCUCUGAAAGCUCCCCGGGAGCACGGUCCUCAUGGUUCAUCAUGGUCCGCAUGGUUCAUCACUGGCUGGUUCUUCUAAAGGGCUACUCAUCUGUUUGUUCCAGGUUUUUUUUUGUUUGUUGGUUGUUUGGUUGGCUGGCUGGUUGGUGGUUUGUUUUGUUUUGUUUUGUUUUUUGUUUUUAAAGAUGGCGGUCAUCUAAUCAAAGUGAUUUGAUGUGAUUGAUCAAAACAACAUACUUUGGAUAGUGAGGAACGCAGAAAUCGAAAACCAAAUUCGCUGGGAUACCUUCACUGGAACGGCUAAGUUAAAUUUCAGUCCAAAUGCCCAGUUCUGCUCACUAGCCACAGAAUGCUGCUCGCCACACUGAUGUGGCAAUGUGGCUCAUAUUCUUGUCCAAGAGAUGGCACCCACAAGCUGUCACAACAGUAAGGAGGCAGGCAACGCAGACAAGCCACUGGGCCUGUUUACUGACCCCAGUGGUCCAUGUCAUGUGACACAUGUGGCCUUGAAAAUGUCAAGCCACCUAGACUAUAUUUAUUAGUCUAUUUUAUGUGACCUUGAAAAUUGGCCUAUGUAACCAGUGCCUGGGGGUGGGGAAAUCAGACCAUUAAUUGAGCUUUUAUCCAAAGGAACUCUGUCAUGAGACUAUUACAAAGUGGAUGUUUUGUUCUUGGCCUCAUUAUCCGAUGGGGUGAGUAGCUGGCUUGGGCUGAGACAUGGCUCUUGACCAUCAUGGCAGCUAGAUCUUUCAUUAAAAUAUCUAGUUCCCAUGUGGCUAUAAUAUUUAGAUAUUUAUGGGGGAAAGAUCUCAACCUUCGGCAUUUUUACUGUGGCUUCUUGAGUUCAAUAUGUACUAUUUAUAAAGAAAACUGUAAUAUAUACAAGGUGAGGUACAGGGUGAUUCCAGCCUGUGCUGGGGUUCACCUGCUGCCCCAGCACCUCCCACCCUUUAUGACACUCUUUGCCUGGGAAUGAACUGCAGGUGUGACUUUAAUGAGUCACUGUUAAGAGGCAGAACACAUUUCAGAUGUCACAAUUGUUCUUGCCUUGGAUUAUAAUAAUUCAUUAUAGUCUGAAUUAUUUAUUUUACAAAUGUGGAAAAAAAACAUUGUCUGGAGAGUGAAGCAGAGAAACAGAUGUCCCAGGCUCUCAUCCCACACUGGGGAACAUCACUGUAGACAGGUGGGUCCAAAAAUCUGAGCUGCCUGAAUUUCUCAGCUGGGCUUUUGCAGGGAAGCCCUCUGGGGAAAGAGGCGUUAUAACCAGUUAGGACUAAAUUAUUUUCCAGUGAGCGUGGGAGACCUUGGUCUGGACAACAGAUAGAAGUCAACAAUCUGCAACUCUUGGAGCUAAAAUAACAUCCUAAAUAGACAACACCCUUUCUCAAAAGAUGGCCCCAGAAGCUCAUUUCUUCAUAGACUAAUUUUACGUCAGGGGCAAUGUCGGACUGUGUCAUGGCGUCGGGACUCAUAGCUGGGUGUCUGAGAGCAUCUUUCGAUGGUUCGCCUCUUCCGGUGCUUCACCUCGGCUGCCGGGUUGUUUGUCUUCUCCGCCAGCUGUUCCACUGAAGCUGAGAAGCCAGGCUUCUCCAACUCCAGUUUGCCUCUCCUCAUCUAGAAAAACAGGAAGAGCAUAGGAGAGCUUUCGGGAGAAACCUUAGGUGUUUAGUAUGUUGUCUGUAUUUGAUGUGCGCAGGUAUGCCUGGCUUUAACUGUGUUUUUUAGAGGAUGGGAGGUGUGCGGGGAGUGGAGGGAGACUGGGUUGCUUUUUGUGGUGUUCUUGUUGUUGUUUUAACGGAGAACUUUUCCCCAUUUGCCCCGUCAGCUGGUCUGACGGAUUUAAGAAUUUUCAUUCUUAAAAGACAUUGGAUUUCAAGGCUAGAAUUUUAGAUUAGGACCUUUCUAACUGUGAAUAAAGUUCCGGUUCUGUUUGUCCA